AUGUAUUCCGCGAAUGUCAUCAACGACGGCGAUUUCACCAAAACAAUUUAUACGCUGAUUAAAGACAACAGAUUCACCGAUGCCAUCAAAGUUCUGCACGGCGUAUCGGAAUCCAGCUCCACCAGGGCGGGUCUUUCUCUGUUGGCUUACUGUUAUUUUUACAUUCAGGAUUUCGUGAACGCCGCCAAUUAUUACGAGAAACUCAUCAACUUGUAUCCCGAAGACAAUGAUUAUAAACUCUAUUACGCGCAAGCACUGUAUCAAGGAUGCUUGUACGAAGAAGCUUACCAGGCGUGCAAUAAGUUAAUCGACGAACCGGAUUAUAGCGAAAGGAUAAGAAAACUGCAAGCCGUUAUUAAAUACAGCCAGGAAGAUGUUUUAUCCGCUAAAAGUCUAGUCGAAGCUGGAAAUUCCAACGAUCCUGAUAGGGAUGUUAAUUUGGGAUGUCUCCUAUACAAAGAUGGCAAUUACGAAGAAGCUUUGACGAAAUUCUUAAACGCCCUUCAAAACCAGGGCUUCAAGCCGUUUCUGGCCUACAAUACAGCCUUAUGCUACUACAGGCUCAAGGAAUACGGUUCCUCUCUCAAAUACUGCGCCGAUAUAAUCGAAAAGGGAAUUCGAGACCACCCAGAGCUAAGCAUAGGAAUGCAAACCGAAGGUAUCGAAGUCCGUUCCGUUGGAAACACGAUAACCUUACACGAAACGUCGCUCACAGAAGCCUUCAACCUUAAAGCAGCCAUAGAAUACCAAUUAAAAAAUCUGGAGUCUGCUAAAGAGGCUCUAACCGAUAUGCCUCCUAGAGCAGAAUACGAACUAGACGCUGUGACUCUGCACAAUCAAGCCCUGAUGAACUUCGAUCAGAAUCCGACCGAGGGCUUCGAGAAAUUGCAAUUUCUUCUGCAACAAAAUCCUUUUCCACCGGAAACCUUCGCCAAUAUCCUUCUGUUGUACUGCCAGCACGAGUGCUACGAUUUGGCGGCGGAUAUUUUGGCCGAAAACGCGCAUUUGACUUAUAAAUAUUUAUCACCUUACAUGUACGAGUUUUUGGACGCCAUAAUCACUCAACAAACAUCUCCGAGUGAAGCUUACCAGAAACUGGACGAGCUGGCUAGCAGACACACCGAGCAACUGCGGAAGCUCACCAAGCAGGUUCAAGAGUACCGGAAUCGCAACGAUACGGAGUUGAUUAAAAAAACCGUCCUGGAUUACGAAGAUUGCUUGGACAGAUACAUUCCCGUUCUAAUGGCCCAAGCGAAAAUUUACUGGGACUUGAAGAACUACACGCAAGUCGAACGGAUAUUUCGAAAGAGCGUGGAGUUUUGCAACGACAACGAUAUAUGGAGAUUGAACGUUGCUCACGUUCUCUUCAUGCAAGAGAACAAAUUCAAAGAGGCCACCGGAUUCUACGAGCCGCUCGUGAAGAAAAAUUACACGGACUUGCUGAACGUCAAUCCCAUUAUACUGGCGAAUCUGUGCGUUUCUUACAUUAUGACCUCCCAAAAUGAAGAGGCCGAAGAACUGAUGAGGAAGAUUGAAAAGGAAGAAGACCAAAUUUCAUUCGAAGAGCCGGAUAAGAAGAUAUUUCAUCAUUGCAUCGUGAAUUUGGUUAUAGGAACGCUUUAUUGCUCGAAAGGUAACUACGAGUUUGGAAUAUCAAGGGUGAUUAAAUCUUUGGAACCGUACGAUAAAAAAUUGGGAACAGAUACCUGGUUUUAUGUUAAAAGGUGUUUCUUGAGUUUGUUGGAGAACCUAGCGAAGCAUAUGAUCGUGUUAAGAGAUACAAUAAUCGAGGAAUGUAUACAGUUUUUGGAAAGCUGCGAAAUGUAUGGGAAAACGGUAAGGACUGUCGCAUAUUCUUCAUUAUCGGAAUUGAAUGAGGCUCCUAAUGGAAAAGAAACUGUUACAUAUGAAGCAAGAAAGAUUAAAUGUUUGCUAAUUCGAUUGUAUAAUUUUGAAAAUUGA